CGAGCUUUAUAUAACAUGGACCUCUGACAUUAUCAGUUAAAUGUUUAAUUAUGGAUUAAAAACGAUGUUGAAGCCUGCGUUAUGCACAAGACUGAUGGACACAUCAAACCUAAUGUUCACCAAUUAACAGCUCAACCCCGCCAUUACUGUCAUGCUGUAAGAGCUGAGCGGGUGAGUGGUGGAGAUGAGAGGAAGGGACAUAGCGGGACAGGAGGGUGGGGUGAAUACAGAUGGAGGAGUUGGGAUGGCAUCAUGUUCUUAUGUGGCACUCCAUGAUCCAGCUCUAUGUGGACAGAAAUGUUUUUAUCCAUCUCAAUUACAGACCUCUCACUGACGAGAUUAUCCUAAAGUGCCUGCUGAUAUUAUGAAUGAAGAAAAUGAGAGCGUUUGUUGGAACAUGUCACUGAUGGAGAUGGACUCCUUCAGCAACCUGGAGGACAUCGACGUGUCAGCCGACGGGAGCCCGAUCCUGAGGUUCCUCAUCUGCCUUGUGUAUUCUGUCGUCUGCGCUGCGGGGCUCAUGGGCAACCUGCUGGUCCUCUUCUUCAUCAGGGUCAAACAAGAGAGGAAGAAGUCCACAGUGAACUUCUUCGUGCUCAACUUGGCAUUGACGGACCUGCAGUUCGUGCUCACUCUGCCCUUCUGGGCCGUGGACACCGUGCUGGACUUCAGCUGGCCGUUUGGAGACGCCAUGUGCAAAAUCAUCCUCUCGGCCACCGUGAUGAACAUGUACGCCAGCGUGUUUUUCCUCACUGCCAUGAGUGUCGCCCGCUACUGGUCAGUCGCCUCGGCUCUGAAGAACAGCACCACGCGCAAGUCCUGUUCAGCCAAAUGGACCUGCGCAAUCAUUUGGACACUGGCAACUCUGGCCACUGCACCGACGUCGAUUUUCUCAACUGUCAGCAACGUAACCGGAGAAAAACUCUGUUUGCUGAGGUUUCCUGGUGGACAGUACUGGCUAGCGGUUUAUCACAUACAGAAAAUACUUGUAGGUUUUGUAUUUCCCAUGUCCAUCGUGUCCAUCAGCUACAUCAUGCUGCUGCGUUUCAUCCGCAACCGGAGUAUGAAAACAAGCAACCCCAAACGGAGAUCCCAAGUUACGAAAUCUAUCACCAUCGUCGUGUUGUCCUUCUUCCUGUGCUGGAUGCCGAACCAUGCCAUCACCUUCUGGAGUGUACUGGUCAAACUGAACGCUGCAAACUGGGACAGAGCGUACUACAUAGUCCACACAUAUGUGUUCCCUGUGACCGUCUGUCUGGCUCACACCAACAGCUGCCUCAACCCAAUUAUUUACUGCCUCAUGAGGAAGGAGUUCAGGAACAAACUGAGAAGUUUAAUACACAGAGGAUAAUGUUUUUGGAGCUUUGUGAAUGGUUUAACGUGUUGACAAACAGCAACCACGACGCACCCAGUGCGCACGAUUAAACAGGCUUGGAGUGAGAGAGGAAACCUGUCAGAAAGCAUAAUGAGAAACAAGCAGCAUUAUGUCAAUAUUUACUCCAUUCUGCUUAUUAAAACAUGUAACUUUCAUCAGCGCUUCUUGUCGUUAAAGACGUGCGUAAUGUCGCUACUUUCUAUAGAGAAACAGCUGUAGCUGGAUUUGCGCUUUACGCAUUGGAAUUGCUCAUUUUGUGUAAAAAAAAAAAGUACACGUAUGUCCACUGUAACAUUGCUUGAUAAUUAACCAUUAGUUGUCAUGUGUCUCUAGUGUAAUGCAUUGCAUUGGUGCAUUGCAUUAAUGCAUGCACACGCAUUGGUGUGCUGACGUCAUAAUUGAACAUGCGAAUCGUAAUUUAGCGCUCUUUACAUCUGUUAAUGUCUUAACAUAAUAAUGUAAAAAUAAUGUAACCAAAUAAUGUAACCAGUGUACAAGUAGUGUGUUUAUAAGACAGUCAUGAAUGCAAACAUCACCUCCUGAAAGCAAGGGAGGGAAAGUUACAGACCAUGUUUUAAAUGAUGGACUACAGCAGCAACAGCUUGGGCACAAAAGACAGAAAAAUGUAUAAAAUAUGAUUGUUGUAAAUGUUGGCACAAAAAAAACCUGUAUCCACGAUGUGUGAUAAUAAAAA